AUGAGAGCAGGUCCUCUCUUGAAGGAUGAUGAUGAAUCAGAUGAAUCAUUCACAGAUAUAGCCGGACUGUCCACAGGCUCCAAUGAGAAGCUGAGAUUGAUGAUGCUUGGAGGUGAUGAUGCUCUUCUGAAUAAAGCAUGUGCCACAAUCCUUGGGGAAAGACAGAACAGGGAUGCUUUUAAAUUUGGAGUAUUGGAGCCCAGGAAGGCUCAAGUUCGUGGACGACAGGUUUCUGUAUUAAAAACUCCAUCCUAUUGGCUGGAACACUUGAAAUCAUUCCUGUUUUUCAUCAGGGGAGUUAAAGCUAUCAGAAAUGACAUGAAGUUCUUUGAAUCACAGUUGUUUCCUGGGCCUCAUGCGUUUCUGUUCGUACACAGAGAUGUGAAAGACUCUGGUCGCAGAGAUGAAGAGGACCUGAGAAAGCAUGAUUCACAGUCCUAUACCAACAUGACAGAGGACCAAGAACAAGAUCAACCAGAUGAAUCAUUCACAGAUGUAGUCGGAUCGUCCACAGGCUCCAAUGAGAAGCUGAGAUUGAUGUUGCUUGGAGGAAAUGAUGUUCUUCUGGAUAAAGCAUGUGCCACAAUCCUUAGGAAAAGAAAUAGAAAGACUCCAUUUAAAUUUGGAAAAUUAGAGCCUAGGAAUGCUAAUGCUUGUGGACGACAGGUUUCUGUAUUAAAAACUCCAUUCACAUGGCUAGACCAAUUGAAAUCAUACCUGUUUUUCAGCAAGGGAGUCAAAGCUAUCAGAGAUGAAAUGGAGUCAUACGAGUCUAUGUUGUUUCCUGGACCUCAUGCGUUUCUGUUAGUACACAGAGAUGUGAAAUACUCUGGCAGAGAUAAUUAUCUUUUACGAGCUCUCAGUGACGUGUUCGGGGAGGAGGUCUUGGAUUAUUGUAUGGUGUUAUUUAUAGAUCGGGCUAAACACAAUGAUCCAACAAAGAACUACUGUUUGAAGAUGUGUGGAGGCAGAUGCUACAUUUUACACAACACUGACUACAGUGUUAAUGAAUUGUUUAAAAAAAUAGAGUCAAUGGCGGAGAGUAAAGACAGCAGUUUUUUCACAACACAUCUGGAGUUUUUCAGAAAAGCUAGCAAUUAUUUUCAGGAAGAGUAUGAGGAAAAGGAAAAUAAACUAAGAAAAGAAUUAAAUGAUUCUAAAGGCAGAGAGAUUCAGUUAAGGGGCGACAUAGAGAAACUUCAAAGACAAAUGGAAGAGUUAAAAGAACAACUAGAAAAUAAUCUGACUGAUGCAAGAGUUAAAGAAGAUGGUCUGCAUGAGAGAGAGAGAAACGUGCAUAAGAGAGAAAAGCAACUGGAUGAAAGACAGAAGGAGCUGGAGAUCAGAGAGAGAGAAGUGAAACAGAGAGAUGUGAGAUCCAGAGAACAUCAUCAGACCACAGUGGAUCCUCCUCCUGCUGUGUCUGAGAACAAAGACAGACCUCUGAAUGAACGUGAAGGAGAGCUGAAGAGCAGAAAAGAUUCACAAUCCACUGGAUCACUUGGGAUCCAGAAUCCUGUGAAACGAAACAGCAUCAAUAAAAGCCGUCCUAACAUGUCCAGAAAAUGUCAUCAAACCACAGCAGAUCCUCCUCCUGCCGAAUGUGAAGAAGAGCUGAAGAGCAGAGAUGAUUCACAAAUCAGUGGAUCUCCUGGGAUCCAGAAACCUGUAAGACGAAACAGCAAGGAAUUAUGUCUACAUUAUAGCCAUGCAUUGUGAUUUUCCCGAG